GCCCUGACCAUGUGAUCUCUGGGAUCAUUCACAGAUUUCACACGUAGUAAGCAAUGAUGUCAGAAGUGACAUCUUGCUUACUACUUUGCAUGUGAUCACUGAUUGGCCAAUCAGUGAUCACAUGAUCGGGACCUCGCGCAGAGGUCCCGUCCGACGAUCGGUGUUCCACUGUGUCUGGAGGACACAGCGGGCACCGGAUCGCGAAGCAGGCAGCAAUUUAUGGGUACUUCAGCCUACGGCUGCCACCCGUCCGCAGUGCAUUGCAGGUGGGCAGUCUGCAAGUGGUUAAGAACAUUUUUCUUUUUUACAG